AUGGGCGAGCUCCAAGUGCUCCCCGCUGGCGCCGGCUACGGCAUUGUCAUCGGCAUCGGGGGCCUCUUCGCCCUAUUCAUGCUCAGCUUAACCUGGCUACAGAAUCGAUACACCCGGUUCUCAACCCACCAAGCCGAGGAAUUCAACACAGCCUCUCGCUCGGUCAAGCCGGGACUCAUUAGCGCCGGCAUCGUCUCGUCCUGGACCUGGUCCGCGACGCUGUUGACCAGCUCCACAUUCGCGUACCGCUACGGUGUCUGCGGGCCGAUGUGGUAUGCGGCGAUGGGCACCCUCCAGAUCCUGCUCUUCGGCCUGAUUGCUAUCAAGAUCAAGACUCACGCGCCUGGCGCGCACACCAUGCCGGAGAUCGUGCUCCAGCGCCACGGCCGCGCCGCCCACCUGACGUACCUGUACUAUGGGUUGGCGACAAAUCUACUCGUCGGUGCGUGCCUCGUACUGGGCGGAGCGCAGGUUUUCGGCGCGCUCACGGGGAUGAACGUGUACGCAGCAACGUUUUUGAUCCCGGCAGUCGUGUCGGUGUACGUGAUUGCGGGUGGGCUGCGGGCGACGUUCAUCGCGGACUACACACACACAGUGAUUCUGUUCGUGGCAAUUCUCGUGUUCGGGUUCUUGAUUAUGGCGACGAGCGACGCUGUGGGCAGCCCCGGGAAGUUGUACGAGCUGUUGCUGGAGGCGUCGAGAACGAUGCCAAUUGAACGCAACACGGACGGGUCGUACUUGGCGUUUCGGUCUGUUGGAGGAUUGAUCUUCGCUUGUGAUUUGUUUGUAGCUGGGUUCACGACUGUUUGGUUGGAUCAGGCCUAUUGGCAGCGUGCAAUUGCGUCGAAGCCGGAGACGUCAGUGAAGGCGUACAUCUUGGGAGGCAUUGCGUGGUAUGGAAUCCCGUUUGGCUUUGCCACGGCCAUGGGCCUUGGAUGCGCUGCACUGGCAAGCGAUCCACGGUUUCCGACCUAUCCUAGCCCUCUGUCCGAUGCGCAGGUCGAGGCAGGCCUGUCCGCCCCAGCGACAGCAAUUGCAUUGCUGGGGAAAGGAGGCGCGGUGCUGAUGUUGAUAUUGCUCUUCAUGGCCGUGACCAGCUCAACGUCUGCGGAGUUGAUUGCCGUGUCUUCUCUAUUGACAUUUGACGCGUACAAAACAUACUACCGACCCCAGACAGACUCGACGGCCUUGGUACGGCUCAGCCACUGGGCAAUCACGGUGUAUGCCAUCGUCUUAGCAGCGUUCUGCUGUAUCCUCAACGCUGUUGGUAUCAGCCUGACUUGGGUUCUAACAGUCUUGGGAGUAAUUGUGGGCGGCGCUGCUCUCCCUGUCGGCCUGAUUCUGCUGUGGGAGCCCAUGUCGACGGUGGCUGCCAUCGGAGCUCCCUGGAUUGGAUUCCUUUGUGGAAUGGUGGUUUGGUUGGUGACGGCCUGGAAGCGCAAUGGAACGAUAAGUGUUGUGUCUACGGGGGACACGACCAAUGCCUUGGCGGGAAAUCUCGCAUCCUUUGGAACGGGCCUGAUCAUGGCGGUGGUGUUGACGCUUUUGUUUCCAGCGAAGUAUAGAUCGCGGCAGGCACCCGCUCUUAUGGGUGUGAACCCCGGAGUGGCCCAAGCAUCAGCCGCAGACGAGUCUAAAUCUCCAACAGAUACAGAAAAGGAUGGACAGGACGGGCGCACUACAGAGUCGACAUCUGAUGCAGGGAUAGCAAACUCGCUGGCCCCAAAUGAGCCGAUCGGCUAUGUUGAAGCCAACAACAUUGAGCCCGUAGAUCCUGUUCUCGCCCAGAAAGGUACCCGCAUUGCCUGGAUCGCAAACGCGAUCUUCUUCCUUGGGGCCAUUAUUUUGGUCCCGUUCACCCUAUUUGGUACGGGCUAUAUCUUCAACCAGGCCUUUUUCACCGGGUGGGUGGUGGUGUCAAUGAUUUGGAUCUGGAUGAGCGUGGUAAUUUGUGUUGUAUACCCCGUGGUGGAGAGUACGGGGGCCUUGCGGAGCCUUUGGGGCGGCCUGUGGGUCGAUUUGAAGGCUGUGCUGGGGCAUCGAAAGCAGAAAGCGGCGGGCGAUCAUCGUGUGCUAGCCUGA